AUGGGGCGUUGCCGUUGCUUCCCGGUUGCGUUGAGAAAGCUAAUCGGCUUGGAACCGGAAGACGACGAUAACGUCGUCGAAAGGCCGGAAGAGCUGAUCAAUCGCUACGUGAGGCUUAUGACGGCCACAGCCAACAUUACAAGCGGUCUUGGGGCGCUGGCGUUGCUGUGGUCCACCGUCGUCCUCCUCGGAGGCUUCGUCGCCGUUCUGGGGAUGAAGGACUUUUGGACUCUCACCCUACUCAGCUUCCUAAUGGCGUGCAGGGUGGUUGACAAUUAUGACAAGGAGUUUAAGAGAGGGAUUUAUACGGAAGAGGACAAAAUCAUGAGUUUUAUCAGGCGUCAGAAAUGGAUCCAUGAGGCCACGGCCAUGUGUCAAAGAAUCAUGCUGGGUAUGGCGUUAUUACCCAAGUAUAUUUUGUUGACCUGCCUUUUGCUACUGUCCUUCAAUGUUGCGCCGUAUGUGAGCCUGGGGAUCUCAGUGUGGCGUCUUGUACGACGAGAUUAUGGCGACGCCGGAGGAGAUGUUGCCAACAGAGCAAAACUGAAUGCCGCACUGGACAUCUUCUAUGCUCUAGCUCUGUUGCAGAGUCUAUUCGUCCUGUACUGGGGUACCCUUCAAGUGAUGUUAGAGUCGUCAGUUUGGGAAGUCACGGCUGUGACGAGGAAACAAUAUGGAGAUGAAGAAUGGAGUUUAACGCUAGUUGAUAUGUACCGUUCAGAAACAAUAAGGAAGUUUAGGAAGGACGGGGAGCUGCCCGGCAAUUGGAACUUCAUCACCUACGGCGUUGAGUUGCUCCAGUCUGCAUCUGGGGACGAUGACCACCGAUGGGGAGCAAGGAUACUAGACAAGCUGAUCUCUGGCAAGGAUAAAUCUGUAAGGCAGGAGCUGCUAUCUUCCAGGCUCUCUAUUCAGAAUCUGAUGGGCAUGAUUGGUCGUCGGAGAGGCGCAGCUGAUGGUGACAUGGAGAACAGAGAGCGCGCCACAACCAUUGUUGCACACCUUGCCAGUGACCUCCAUAUAACAAGCUUCCCGGGUACAUUGCAGUGCAUUUGUUCCCUACUUGAAAGCACUAGCAGCUGUGACUGUGAACCAAAGUCGCAUGCCUGUCCGUCAGGAAAUCCUGAUGAACAGGCGACACUGCCUACCGAUGAAAAUGAUCAUCAGCAUGGGUCACUGGAAACAUCCGAGCAUCAAGACGAUGGUACCCACAUGGACAUGGUAGCGCCCACCAUCACAGACCAAACUGACGAGGAACGACAAGCAGUCGUCGUCAGUUCAUCAUCUUCCAGGUUAGCCGCCAAGAGGAAAAGAAAACAGAUUAAGAAAGACUUUGAGGAUAAUCCCAUCAUCAGGAGGAGCCAAAGGCUGAUUUCUCAGGGCCUCCUGAUUCUUGAGAGGCUCACACAGGACCAAGGGAACUGUACAGAGAUAAGUAAGGACCAAAGCCUCCUCUCUAGGAUCACGUCACCACUGAUGAGAAGCGCAAGCCAUGGCGACUUCCUCACCAAGCUGAGCGACAACACAACGGUUGAAAUGCUAAGCAAGUCACUCACAGUGCUGAGCAGGCUACUUACCGGUCCUGGAGAUGACGUAACAAGGCUGCAUCAGAAGCUGGCGAGUAACACAGAAGCUGUCAGCAAUCUGAUGGGUAUCUUGGAGAAUGACAGUGAAGGUGCCCAGAAACUGCAUGAACAAGCCCUGGAGAUCCUGACAGAGUUAGCAUUCGAUGGUUCUUUCAAAGAACUGGAUUUUAACAAGCUUUUCAAGGCCCUGCUACGUAUCUUCCUCGAGAAAGAGACUAACAAUAUUACAAAGCAAGAGCCCAACAAUAAUGCUACAUCUCAAGUGGAACAAGCGGACACAGAGAGAGCACCCAAACUGAGGGGAAAUGCAGGGGAAGCACUGGCCAGACUGCUUCCUGUUCGCGCUGCAAGAGGUAUAAUUUCCAAGCAAGAGGCGAUCGACUUAUUGAACAAGGUUCUCCAUAAAAUACUAUCUAGUAAAAUGGGAACAACUGCAGAUGCGGUAGAGAUUGUCGUAGAAAACCAGCCCCAAGAAGAUGCAGACACUGACAGUGUACAGCCUCCCAUUCAGGAAAAUGAAAAGCAAUCUGAAGAAAGAAAAUUUAUGGCAGCCAUGUUAUCCCUCGCCGUGGGAACACUGGCCGAGGCAUUGGAAACCAUGUCGGAGGUUGAUGACUGCAUGCUCUUUGCUGGGAAUGAAUGUCGUCUUGGGCUGGCGGCGGCGGUGCUCUACAAAUGCAUACAUCAAGCACUCGCUCUGGCUGGCCUACACCAUCAACACCCCUCUUGUGAUCUAUACUCUUGGGCUUGCACGGUCGUCUCCGCCUUCUGCCGCGAGCCAGUUGCUUCAGCGUGUGCUUUUCCGUUCGUCAUGGCCCUGGGGAACACCAACUCCAUGACAGCCUACAGUGUUGACGACAACAAGCAGUACAUGAGGCACUUCAUCCAGCAGCUUCUUCGUGUGCUCAGCCUCUUCGCCAUGUGGAGAGCUAACGAAACGAUUCUUACAAGCUCCAGUUUCCUUGUGCCCCUCUUGUAUCUAUUCUUGGCUGCUUUGUUGCUCUCAGUGAAUGGGGGGAGGAUUUACGCAAGCAUGACUGCGAGCAGUUUCCUGGACAAACAAAGCAGAUAUGUUCAACUUCACAUGAAGAGUGAGCACACGAAAUCAACCAACUAUAAUCCUGUUACCCUGCAUGGUUACAAAUACCCAUUCUACGAGGACUAUAAUGACCACGAAGACACAAUAAUUACGCUAGACAGGAUCUGGUGCUCUAAUGAAGGCCCAUUAGGCACAAGUGAUGGCAACAGCUGA